AUGGACGGUGUGAUUAGGUUAACGAACAUUAGCGACUUCAUCGCACCUAAUCUGGUCAGACUUGAAAUAUAUAAUGAAUCAGAUUUUUUGAAGGACUGCAUUAUUCCGCUGGAAACGAAGAGCACGGAGUCUCAAGAGACACCCGCGGUCAGAAUACAUGCCGAAGUCAAGGAGAAAUCAUCCAAUGUUCGUAUUUUUCACUGCUGAUUGGAAUAUUUGUUUUUAGGAAAGUUCAAUCAAAAUCUCUCUCGCUGAUUGUUUGGCUUGUAAUGGUUGCAUAACGAGUGCAGAGACUGUUCUCGUGCAGGAGCAGUCCUUACCAAGGUUUCACUUAUAAUAUUCAUGUGUGAUAAGAAGGAAGGGCGGCAGAAAUUUUUUUGAAAAUUUUUCAGUAACUGAAAUUGAAAAGUAUUUUUUUCAUAUCAAGUUUCAUUUAUAAAAUUAGGGAAGUAUAUGUCAAUCGAUUUAGGCGAAGUCGAAAUGUAAAUGACACAUGAUGCCACACGAUUUUCGUUUUUUUUUUUUUUGAACUCCAUAUAAAGAAAAAAGAAAAACCCCCAAAAUAAAAAGAGAAUAUUUUUCAUCGAGGACCUAUAUUUCUUCAUCGAUGCAAAAAUAAUUAGCUUCUGUCAAGCGCCUUUUAUUCUCUUUUCCAAUGUCUUCACUAUUAUUAGGUUGGCAACUAAGAUUCCGAUAUUUUUGAGGUGUGUUUUUGGUUAGCUCCCACGUUUUACUGGAUGGACUUCUUGUUUCGCCACUAGGCAUGCUAGCAGGAGGGAAGUCUUCUUUACGUAAACCACUGAUAGAUUCAGUCUCCCCUUUGUUCCCCUUCGAGGAUGCCCCAUAGAUUCAUCCACGACCGAACUCACAUUCGACACACAUUUCUAUUUUUGUUCUUUUCUGGCAGCAAUCAACCUGACACCGAACGUCGUAUCAAAGACGUAUACGAAGAGCAUGCGCCCUCUCAAAGCACCAUCAGCCUUUGGUUCAACAAGUUUUCGAAAGGGCUUUUUCCAUGACUGAAGGUGAGGGGUCGGAUCGGCCGUCCGAGUUGGAUCUGGACCUGCUGCGCAUCCAAAUUGAAACCGAUCCUUAUGUAAUCAACUGGGAAUUGGGAGCCACACUGGGGGAGCCUUACCACUAUCUAAAAAGAAAUGGAAAAAAAUCGGAAAGGUCCAAAAGAUGGGCCGAUGGAUACCCCAUCAAUUGACCGACUACGACAGGGAUCGCAGAGUCUACAUGACUCUUUCUCUUCUCCCUCUCCACGGAAGGCACGGGUGGCUGGACAACCUCAUCACUGGAGAUGAAAAGUGGGUCCUCCGUGAUAAUGCUCAGAGCCGUCCUCAGUGAGUAGACAAUGAUGUAAAGGCAGAAGACGUCGCUAAAGCGGAUCUACACGCGAAAAAGGCCAUGCUGUUGAUCUGGUGGUCGGUUCGAGGCUUAGAGUUGUGGGAACUUUUACCAAAAGGGUCGUACAACAACGCCAACCCCUACACUGACCAGCUGCAAAAACUGAGACUCGGCGUCCAAAACAGACGCGAGAAUCAGGCCGUUUUCUACUUCCAACAUAACAACGCUCGGCCACACAUAGCCCGAUCGACGAAGGCUGAGUUGGAGACGUACGGGUGGCAUGUUUUACCUCUUCCACCUUACUUUCCUGACCUUGCCCCUUCUGAUUAUCACCUCUUCUCCCACCUUCAACGAGCCCUCGCGGGGCAGAAAUUCGACGACGAGAUGCAACUCAGAACCUGGUUGACCAACUGGUUCAAGGCACAGUCCGCCACGUUCUGGAGGCAGGGCAUUCUUGCUCUGCCAGAGCAAUGGCAACAGAACAUAGAUAUCCAUGCAGAUUAUUUCUAUGGUUUGCUCCUUUAUUCCCCUGCUAAACAUGAUGAAGUUUGUUUACACCAAAAAUAUCGGAAACUUAGUUACCAACCUAAUAUUUUUAAUAAAACUAAAUAGAUAUCCCUGUACGAAGUAUAUUUCUCAAAAAUAAAUAGAAUAUUUAUCACUCGUUGAAUCAUUUUUUUCAGUUUCUUCGAAGGAGUGAGGUGCUUCAAAAUGAGUGUAGUAUCUGUGAGCCCGCAGGCCGUCUGUUCUAUAGCGGCGAAAAAAGAAAUAUCUGUUCCAGAAGCGGCUAAGUGGAUCUCUGCUUACUUCAUUUCCUUGGGUAUUUUUUUCGAUUAUAAAAAAAUUUUUUUGAUUGUGUUUGUAACUGAAAUUCAUUUUGAAUCCUAAUUUUAUCUGCAAAUAUGACACAAAAAAAUAAUUUCCGCGUCUAAUCCACUUUGGUAUUCUGAAAUUUUCCAUAAAUUUUUUUAGAACCAUUGGUUUUUUUAAAAAUAAAAAGAUAGCAGGCAAUGGUAACUGUAAAUUUUAUUCGAUUAAAAAAAGUGCUGCUUCGCUGAUUUUUGUCAGUGAUGUGGUUGUAAAUUUAAAAAAAGGAAUAUAAAUUUGUCAGAAUAUCCGAUUUCAAGCUAAAAAAUUUCUUGAAAUUCGGUUGAUCAGGGUAUUGUGAAUAAAAAAAGGUUCAGGAGUACGUUACGUCGUUGACUCUUCCUUCGGGAGGCAGUUUUCGCUGUCUCUGCUCCACGAAGAAUUGUCGCAAAUGCCUCAGUCGAGUCGCCCUGUUAUAUCCUCUGCGUGUCCUGGUUUCGUAUGUUAUGCGGAAAAAAACAACGGAGAACUGCUGACAAGACAUCUGAGUAAGAUUCGGUGUGUGGAUUAAUUUUUUUUAACGCAGUAAAUUCGGAUAGAAAUAUUAGUAUAGUACUCUUUUCGAGUCGCCUUCUGCAGAAGUUUAAUAAAAAUAUCUUUGCCUCAUUUAUUUCAUCGUCAAAGGGUUUGAAAAUGGAUAGUUUAUUUUUCUUUUUAUGCCAAUUUCUAAGAGUUAUUCGGAAUUUCAUCUUGGGACCAUCUCAUUGGUUUCAGUUCACCUCAAGCUGUACAAGGGGCGCUUGUCAAGGACUAUCUAGCUAAAAAGUUUCGCUUGGAGCCUUCGGAGCUGUUCCAUGCGAGUGUUAUGCCCUGUUUUGACAAAAAACUAGAGGCCACGCGGCAAGAUUUCCUCGUCCCGGGGACAAACAUACGAGAAACCGACUGCGUUAUAAGCUCAGGUGAUUUCUCCACAUGUUCUCGGCCAAAGCAAGAAAUUUGGUUUCAGCCGAACUUUACAAUGUUCUUGAGGAGUUUUCGCCGAAGCAAGAGAAUGUUGAAUUGCCACCCAACGGCUGGCUGGGAAACUUUUCAAGGGGUUUUUUUCGUUUUGAUUUCUUAUCUUGAAUCAGUCUGAAGGUGUUCUGGUGGGGGGAAAAGGAGGAACAUCUGGAGGGUACGCAGAAAACGUCGUUCAGCAACAUUUGAACAGGCACGGAGGCGAUGUCAGCGUCAGAAAAAAGUUAUCUUGGCAAAAAGGAAGACAUCUUAUCUGAGUUCAGCAACCGGAACAUGGAAGAAAUAACUGUUUCGGACGGCGAUGAACUCAAAUUGAAAGUUGCACGUGUAUAUGGUUUCCGAAACAUCCAAAACGUGGUGCGAAAAUUGAAAGCCUCUAGUUGUGGGUACGAUUACAUUGAAGUCAUGGCUUGUCCUUCAGGUUCUCAUUCGCUGUUUUCAUUAUUAACUUUUUUUAUUAGGUUGUGGGAAUGGUGGCGGGCAAAUACGAGAAAUUACUGGAGAAAUGCGUGACUCACGGCUGAACAAAGUUGAGGAGUUAUACGAUUCGAUCAAUCAAGUUAGUGCAGAUAGAAUGAGGUAAUGCAUCCCAUCUGUAUGUAAUCCAUUUCAAAGUGCGAAUGUUUCAGGGAAGACAGGAGUGAUACCGAUGAAUUUAGGUUGAAAACUACUCAGAGAACUUGGAAAAACUGUUUUUUCAGAGAAGUUAGCGACGAAUGGGAAAAACUGAACAACAAUUGGCGGGAGUUGUUAUACACUGCUUAUCGGGCAGUUUCCACGAAUGCCUUUCAGAAGUUACAAUGGUGA